CCUCACCCCCCCCCCGAAACUACAAUUACAACACUUACAACACUACACCACUACAAACCUCAUUUACAUACACCACACCCCCAAAAUGCCACGCAAAACCACUCAAACCAAAUCCAGAACCACUCAACAAACCUCACAACAUCAAGACCCCCUAAAAAGGAACCCUCACAUACGCACAACCCCAACCCAUAUAUUCUUCCACUCAGGCCCCCUCUCAAACUGGCACCCCAGCACGCCCCCCUUUCCAGGCGACGGAGCCCUAACCCUCUGUCUCCCGGGCCUCGACGCCCUGGGCAUCCCGCACCCUUCCCCAAAUGCCGCCGUAACGCGCCUAAUCCGGUCAUGGUCAUUCACCUGCGGUGAACAAUGGAUGAUGGCGAUGAAGGGGUGGUUAUUUGAGGAGAUCCCGGGGUUUGAUUCGGGGGUCGAUAUCUCGGAUGAAGAGUUUGAGGCUGUGAGGGCUAUGGCUUUGAGUGUCUCUGAGCCGCUGCCGGAGGAGUCCUCGUGGAAGGAGAGGGCGAUUUGGGAGUCGACGGUUGCAAGUGUGAUGCGGACGAGACAGCCGAGAGUGCAGAAGGCGUUGGGGCGCAGGGCUGAGGGGUUUCGGGAGGAUGUUUGGGAGUUUGCGAGUGAGGUUAUUGUGGCUGCUGGGUGUGUGGCUAGGGCGGAGGUGGAUGGGGCGUUGAGGGAUGUGUAUCUUGCUAGUGGAGGACGGAAAUUUGUGGAGGGGAGUGUCAAGGAUCGUAUUUGGGGGGUUGGGCUGAGGUGGGAUUCGGUCGAGAUUGAGGAUGAGGGUAAUUGGAAGGGGAAGAAUCGGUUGGGGAGGUGUCAUGAUGAGGCGGCGAGGAUUGUGAGGUUGGGUGGGUAG